AUGAAAUGGUUCCAAGUGAAGUAUGAGGGAGUGAUCCUCGUGGUAUUCCUGACAAGGGUGGUAGGACAAAGUAAUGCAGAAGCCGCAAACAAUGUGAGCAAAUGGACUGGAACGGUUUACAUCUUUUCUCUUGUGGGAGCUUUCCUUAGUGACUCUUAUUGGGGAAGAUAUAAAACAUGUUCCGUCUUUCAAGUCAUUUUUGUAAUAGGUCUAAUGUCCUUAUCACUGUCAUCAUACCUCUUCUUGAUUAAACCAAGAGGCUGUGGAAAUGAAUUGAUUCCGUGUGGAAAACAUUCAAGUUUGGAGAUGGGGAUGUUCAACCUCUCAAUCUAUCUCAUUGCCUUAGGGAAUGGAGGUUAUCAACCAAAUAUUGCCACAUUCGGUGCUGAUCAGUUUGACGAGGAGCAUUCGAGAGAGGGUCACAAUAAAGUGGCCUUCUUCAGCUACUUUUACCUAGCUUUGAACUUUGGGCAACUCUUUUCAAACACCAUUCUGGUGUAUUUUGAAGAUGAAGGAAUGUGGGCUCUUGGUUUCUGGCUGUCUGCAGGCUCUGCCUUUGCUGCACUGAUACUAUUUCUAGUAGGCACCCCAAGGUAUCGACAUUUCAAGCCUAGUGGCAACCCUCUCGCCAGGUUUUGCCAAGUUCUUCAGCAGCAACAACAAUACUUUCAUAUGCAGCUGAUGUCAUUACUGGCCAUUCCUGAUUCUAGUAAACUAUAA